AUGCAAGUACCUGCAGGUGGCAAGGGAGGCAAGAUGGAUCAGGCCCCGCUUCGGCCGCCAUGGGUGGUGGUUCUCAAUUAUGAAUAUGAACUUCGGAAGGAAGCCAUAAAGAGGGCAUAUCGAGACUCGCGGCCGCUCCGCGAGACCCUGCGGGAAGUCACUGAAGAUGCUCAGAUCAAAGAACAAUAUUUUACAUCGCCUAUCGCCCUACAGAACCGAGGCAAGCGUGCUAGCGACUCAUGGGAACCUUGGGAUGAUGGCAACUACAACAAGUGGAAUCGGAACUCAUGGAAGGGUGGCUGGCAGCACAAAGGCGACAAUGACAAAGGACUCCUGAUGGUCGUUUCAUUUGCUUUGCCUACUCUGGACCUGGGUGUGAUGGCAACUGUGGGAUGGUUCAUUGCUGUCAGGUUGAUCACCUAUGCGAGGACGGCAAACUUGGCAGCUGGACAGAUCCCGUCAGUGUUGGAGGACACAUCGUGCGGGGCCACUUGGGCUGUGCAUCUGUGCGCAUAUGGAGCUGAUGUAGGGCGUCAGGGUUCGGACUGGGCCACCAGUUCAGCCCUGCCUUCGGCUUUCGCCGAGGAGCUAGCGAACAUGCGGCGCAUCCUGCUGACUUGGUCUGCAGGCAUUUCAGAGAAACGAGCAACUUGGAUCAUUGAAUGGAUCAACCAGGCUGAGCAAGCACAGUGGAUGGUGACAGGGCGUCAGCUCACCGAAUUCAUUGGGCGGUUGAAUUUCGUGACCCGUCUGCUUGCGUGGUUGAAACCUUUCUUGGCACCGCUCUUUGCUUGGAGUGCUGCGCUCAACCGGAGCACAGCUGCUACUGCACCAGAGAUGGUAAUCCAGUUCAUGAAUGGCGCCCGCCUGGACACAGUACACAUGAGCUGGCCUUCUUGUGACCGGCAGGCUUUCAGGACAGAUGCCAAGUGCGAGACCGGCCGGGUCGUGCUGGGUGGAUGGUCGCUGGAACAUGGGCUAAACACUCAGCAAGCUUCGUGGUUCGCGCUAGAAAUUUCACCAACUGAGCUGCCGGCCCUGUUUAAAGAAGGGCACUCUUCUGAAUGGGCUUCAACUACUGCUGAGCUUCUCGCGUCUUACGCGGGCCUUGUGGCGUUCGGACACCUUGUGCCAGCAGGGGGAAGGGACUCACUUCGCUUGCAGGUUCACGCCGGGACAGACAACUCUGCCACUCCUGCGGUUUUGUCAAAGGGGAUCAGCAACAAGUGGCCGGUGCAAGGGUUGCACAUGCAGAUGGCGGUCUCUCUAAGGAAGGCCAACAAGGUGUGCCGGCUGACCUGGCGACCGCGCGAAGAAAAUCAGGAUGCAGAUGAUCUUACGAACCUUCGUUUUGAAAAUUUUGAUCAUAGCCUUAGGGUUCCCCUUAAGUUGUCUGACAUUCCGCUUGAGUUGUUUCAUAUGCUGCACCAGUCACAUGCCGAUUUCGUUGCAGAGAAGGAUCGCUUACUCAGCUUGAAGCGGGUUGAACCGAAAACCUCAAAGAGGCAGAAGCUGUUGGACAAGACGAGCUGGUGA